CAGGAAUGACAAGGAUAAAAACAGCAACACCAGACUUAGGGAAAACAAUAAGUGAAAUGAUCCCUAGAACCAAGAGUCUUCGCCCUUUCUUAAUUACGUAGUGUCCAGUAUCUUGUCGGCAUAUUUUUUUCCCCCUCGAAAGCUGGUAAUUGGUAAUUAGCUAGCCAAGGAUAAAACCAGAGGUUUGGGAGAGUCUGGGGCAUUUUGGAGCGAGAUGGCUAGCAGCAUGGUUGUAUCCCUCCUUCAAGGAUUCCUACUUCUGACUCUCUGUCGACCCUCUCUCCAAGGAGGUGCCUAUGUACCUGCUGGAACUGGCUCCCUUUACCCAGGAGCUGGAGGGAUACCAGGUUACAAGCCGGCAAAACCCGCAGCUGGGCUUGGGGCUGGAGGUGUCGGAGGUGUUGGAGGUGGCUACUACCCAGGAGGGUACGGAACGGGGGUCGGAACUGGGGUCCCUGGCCUGGGAGGACUGGGUGGACCUGGAGCUGGAUACAAAGCUGCUAAAGCAGGUCUUGGACAAGCUGGAUUGGGGGCAGGAAGGAUCCCACAACUCUAUCCUGGCCUAGGUGCAGGAGUCGGCACUGGAUAUAAACAAAAGCCAGGACUAGUACCUGGCACUGGAGUAGGUGGGCUACCAGGUGGUGGAGUCCCCGGUGGAGUAGGUCCUGGAACUGGCGGGCCAGGAGUUGGGGUUGGAACUGGAGUGCAGCCUGGAGUAUCCACAGGUGCUGUAAUCCCACAAACUGGGCUCCGUCCAGGAGUGGGGGCUGGGAAGCCCCAAAAGGUACCAGGUGUUGGGGUCCCAGGCGCCUACCCUGGCGGGCUUGUUCCAGGCACAGGUCUGAGGUACCCAGGAGCAAAUGGAGUGAUCCCCGGAGUCCCCACUGGGACUGGAGUCAAACCAAAAGCAGGUUUGGGUGGAUAUGGUCAACGGCCGGGAGUCCCGUUUGGAUACCCUAUCAAAGCUCCGAAAGCACCAGGUGGCUAUGGAACACCUUAUGGUGGAGCUCUGCCCUAUGGUUACGGUGGUUUGGGAGCUGGAUUAGGAGCAGGAGCCGGAUCAAAGCCAGGAUACCCCACAGCAAAUGGUGUUGGAGCCCAGGUUGCAGCUCAGGCCCAGGCAGCAGCCAAAGCUGCUAAAUAUGGUGGUGGUGUUCCCGGGGGUGGUGUCUAUCCAGGGGCAGGAGGAGUUCCUGGUUUUUACCCUGGAGCUGGUGGAGUGGGAGUCUACCCUGGAGGUGCUGGAGUCCAGGCAGCAGCCAAAGCUGCUAAAUAUGGGGCUGGUGCCGGUCUUGUUCCUGGAGCCGGUGGAACGGGAGUCUACCCUGGAGCUGGUGGAGUGGGAGUCUACCCUGGAGGUGCUGGAGUCCAGGCAGCAGCCAAAGCUGCUAAAUAUGGGGCUGGUGCCGGUCUUGUUCCUGGAGCCGGUGGAACGGGAGUCUACCCUGGAGCUGGUGGAGUGGGAGUCUACCCUGGAGGUGCUGGAGUCCAGGCAGCAGCCAAAGCUGCUAAAUAUGGGGCUGGUGCCGGUCUUGUUCCUGGAGCCGGUGGAACGGGAGUCUACCCUGGAGCUGGUGGAGUGGGAGUCUACCCUGGAGGUGUUGGAGCCCAGGUUGCAGAUCAGGCUCAGGCACAGGCAGCAGCCAAAGCUGCUAAAUAUGGGGCUGGUGCCGGUCUUGUUCCUGGAGCCGGUGGAACGGGAGUCUACCCUGGAGCUGGUGGAGUGGGAGUCUACCCUGGAGGUGUUGGAGCCCAGGUUGCAGAUCAGGCUCAGGCACAGGCAGCAGCCAAAGCUGCUAAAUAUGGGGCUGGUGCCGGUCUUGUUCCUGGAGCCGGUGGAACGGGAGUCUACCCUGGAGCUGGUGGAGUGGGAGUCUACCCUGGAGGUGUUGGAGCCCAGGUUGCAGAUCAGGCUCAGGCCCAGGCAGCAGCCAAAGCUGCAGCCAAAGCUGCUAAAUAUGGGGCUGGUGCCGGUCGCGUCCCUGGAGCAGGUGGAACGGGAGUCUACCCUGGAGCUGGUGGAGUGGGAGUCUACCCUGGAGGAAUUCCUCAGCUUGGUGCUAAACCUCCAAAAUAUGGUGCUCCCCUUCAGCCGGGAGCCGGUGUUCUUCCGGGAGCGGGAGUCUACCCUGGAGCUGGUGGAGCGGGAGUCUACCCUGGAGCUGGUGGAGCGGGAGUCUACCCUGGAGCCGGUGGAGCGGGAGUCUACCCUGGAGGAAUUCCUCAGCUUGGUGCUAAACCUCCAAAAUAUGGUGCUCCCCUUCAACCAGGGGCCGGUCUUGUUCCUGGAGCUGGUGUUGUUCCUGGAGCUGGUGUUGUUCCUGGAGCUGGUGUUGUUCCUGGAGCUGGUGUUGUUCCUAAAGCUGGUCUAAUUCCUGGAGCUGGUCUAAUUCCUGGAGCCGGGGGUGUUGCAGGGCUACCUACCAGAGCAGGGCUACCUCAAGCUGGUGGCCCAACACUAACCCCUGGGGAAAUUGACAUUCCAGGCGGACCGACGGGUGUAACCACUGGGGGCAAGCCUCCUAAACCCAUUGGUACAGGGGUUGUCCAGCCAGGUCCUGGUACAGGGGUCCUGCCUGGUGACGGAGUUGGUCCGGGAGGUGUUCAGCCUGGCACUGGUGUUCUGCAGCCUGGGGUAGGAACGGGACUGGUUCAGCCAGGUGUCGGUACAGGACUUGUUCAGCCAGGUGCUGGAGCUAAACCUCCAAAACCUGCAGGUGGAUAUCCUUAUGGCCAGGUGUAUGGAGCAGGUGGAUACCCCUAUGUGCCAGGACUGUACCAGCCUGGCGUCGGAACAGGUGUGAGGUAUCCAACUGGUGUGGGACUGGGAGGUAAAGGGCCCAAACCAGGAUAUGGUGGCUACGGCGGUGGUUUACAAGCAGGUGGAGUCCCAGGUUACGGUGGCUAUCCACAGGCUUACCCAGGAGCUGGAGCACAGCAGAAAUGCAGACAGGCAGGAUAUGGGCAAGUUCCUGGCCAGCUAGGGCAGCAAGCUAAACCCUCCAAACAGUAUGGUGGAGCGAUGGGCUUGCUGGGACCAUACAGAGGGGGUGUUCCCUGCGCGCAAGGCAAAUACUGCGGGCGAAGGAGAAAAUAAAAGACCUGGGAAUGAAGUGACCUCAAGAAUUUAUGGUGCUACUGCAUAAUCUAAAAUGUAAAUGGUGUUGCAUUAAAAAAAAAAAAUCCCCUUUUUCGUGUACAAAAUAAAAAAUGACACUUGGAUAAAGGAUUUUUAAGCUUGGUUAUACCAGAUAAAUAUUAAAUUGGAAGGGAAGGUCAUUAAAAUGCAAUACACCAGGCCAUACCCUUGUGAAUAUCGUUAUACUACUUAUGCAUACUGGCAGCAUAUACUUGAGAUAAGUGUACUGUGUCUGUAGUAUACUGCUUUCUCAUAAGGAUAAGCCUUGUGUAAUAACGUCUGUAUUAUAGUGAACCUGCUUGAGUGUGUCUUUAUCUCGCUUGUGCUGUCUCAGUGUAGGGAAGCCCCAGCAUCAAUGAAGCUUUAUACAUUGCCCAUUUUUCACUUCUGCUGUAUGCAUGCAUCUAAAUUCUGCUUGCGUGCAAUGGAAGUUUAAAACAAGGUGUUUUAUUGCAGUAAUGCACGUUGCUAUCAGGUUACACUCAUUAACAAAAAAAAACAUUCUGCUGGUUUUUGAAAGCUAAUGCACUUUUAUACCAUGCCUUUCUGAUCCAGUGUAGUUUCAUCUUUUAAAAGUAAUUAUGAGAUAACGACGAAAAGAAAGUGGUUUGUACAGGUGUAGUCCAUCAAAUCGUUUAUUAAGGAACUGAUAUCUGUUUGGCAUUUUUAAAGACACAUAGCCAGGAGCAUUAUGUUAGAGGGGGUGGAGGGGAUUGGUGUCCUAUGAGAAAUACAAAAACACCUCCAGCCUAUCACUAGGUAGUUCAUCCAGCCCUAUCCUUCAUUAGCACGUUUUCAUCUAUUUCCUUGUCUUAUAGUUAAUUGUAUGAUGAGCUUUCUGCUCUGAAGAAGAUUAUAGCAUCAGCAUAACUUUCAACACUGAGGUGGACUCCUGAAGCUGUGUCUCCUCAACACUUAUCACCAAAAUAAAAAAUACAGUAAAAUAGUUUCGGACCAUUCAAGUCAGCCAGUCACAGGUUUUUGAGCACUUCCCCAUUAUUUGAGCACAAAUGAAUUGCCAUAAUGCUGAACACGUUUGAAACACAGUCGCUUCUGCUCAAUGAGAUUUAACAACACGACGCAUAACUAGUGCUUGUUUUGGAAGAAAGCAAUCAAAUACUGGUAACGGUCCCGUACAGUAUUGUGAAUUACAGUUUAUAGGUUUUAACUUUAUUGAAUAAUUUUCCCCACAAAAAAAGGGGAAAGAGGUGCUUCAGUUCAUCUUGAACUCCCAGUAAUUAACAAACAGUUUACACUAUAUUAUGCAUCGUGCUCAAUGUUUGUGUUUUUUUAACUUUGGGUCGUGGAGCUGAACAGUUAGUCAGGCAGUCAAUCUAGGCUUUUGAAAUGCCAUUUGUCUAAUUGUGCACCAUUUUAACUUGACUUUUUAUAUCUUUCUCCUCCAUUUUUAAAAAUGUGUAAAUUAUAAAAUGAAAGCAGUACGUUUUGUUUUCAUUUUGCUUGUGCAAUUACUUAGCUACUGUGGAUUAUUAGUGUAUUUUCUUAAGUUAAUUCCCUGAAAAGGAAAUAGGAGACCUUUUGUGAUGGUGUUGCCAUGUAUGAGUGUGGACUACAGGCUGAAGUAUAACUUGUUCUAGUACGGUAUGCUUAAAGGCAUGUGUAGCUCAAGUCUUCUGAAAAAGAAAUGUUUGAUAGAGAAGGUCUACUUGAACAAACAGACCCCUUAUUUUUGCCUGGCACAAUACAUGGGAAUGCCGGCUGUUUGAUUUGCUGUAUCUAUACCUGUUUCUGCUCUAGUUAUUUUAUACCAACAGUACUGUAUUUGGACUGACUUUGAGCCCUGAAAUAAAAACUCUCUUUGUCUUUCAA